UGUUUGUUUUGAAAAUGGCUGAGGAAGCUGUGGAGUCCCUAAGAACAGAAGAGACUCAAGACAAGGAGGAUUUUGAGAUCAUUGAGAGCUGUCAUGUCAGUGACUUCACUGGAGAGAGGGCAGAGGCGAAGGAGAAAGGCUCUGGCGUGGGGGCUUGGUCAGCGCCGCUUUUUUCACUCGCGAAAAAGGCUUCAGAGAGCCUGACAGCAGUAAACUCUGCUAAUCCCCUGAGGUCGGCCACAACUGUACCUGGUGCGACUUCUGCAAAACAGCAGCCUGCUGGAACUGAGAAUGCUGCUAAAACAGCUUUAAAGGAUCAGAUGGCCAUAGAGAGAUCAAACCUUAUGAACAUGAUGAAAUUGAGUAUCAAAGUUCUCAUACAGUCAUCUCUAAGCUUGGGACGCUCACUGGACUCUGAGUACCUGCCUCUUCAGCAGUUUUUCAUUGUUUUGGAACAUUGCCUAAAACAUGGCCUAAAAACAAAAAAGUCUUUUAUUGGUCAGAGCAAGUCGUUUUGGGGUCCCUUGGAAUUGGUUGAAAAGCUGUGCCCAGAAUCAACAGACCUGGCAACAAGUGCCCGUGAACUGCCAGGAUUAAAGACUUGUGUGGGGCGAGGGAGAGCUUGGCUCCACUUGGCUCUAAUGCAAAAGAAAUUGGCAGAUUACUUGAAAGCACUUGUAGAUCGAAAGGAUCUUUUAAGUGAGUUUUACGAUUUGGGUGCAUUGUUGAUGGAAGAGGAAGGUUCUGUAAUUGUUGGUCUGCUAGUGGGACUAAACGUUAUUGAUGCAAACUUGUGCCUGAAAGGAGAAGAUCUAGAUUCUCAGGUUGGAGUUAUAGAUUUUUCUCUGUAUUUGAAGGACCCACAGUACAGUGAAAACCCUAAAGAUGAUGGAAAGCUUACAGUAAUUUUGGAUCAGAAGCAUUACAUUGAGGAAUUGAAUCGCCAUUUAAGCUGUACAGUUAAUGAUCUACAGGCAAAAAUAGACUCCCUUGAAAGGACAAACUCCAAGCUGAUUGAGGAGCUAACAGCAGCAACAGACAGAAUACAUUCUCUGAAGGAAGAGCAGGAACAGCUGAAGAUGGAGAACAGUUCUAUCCGAGAAAGCAGUGAAAGAAGAGUUGAGGUUACAAAGCAAGACUCCGAAGUAGAAUUGGAAACUUAUAGACAGUCGCGGCAAGGACUGGAUGAAAUGUACAAUGAAGUGUGGAAGCAGUAUAGAGAGGAGAAGCGGAUUCGGCAGGAGCUUGAGAGGGAGCUGGAGCUACAGGUGGGGAUGAAGCAAGAGAUGGAGAUUGCCAUGAAACUACUUGAGAAGGAUACCCAUGAGAAGCAAGACACACUGGUGGCUUUGCGACAACAGCUAGAUGAAGUGAAGACCAUCAACCUUCAGAUGUUCAACAAAGGCCAGAAUGCGGACCUUCAAAUCAGUCAGAAGAACGAGGCAAUUCAUCAGCUAGAAGAGAAGCUGAAUCGAAUGGUCAUUGGGAUGCAAGAGAUGGAAGCAAGACUGGAGAUUUUAGAGAAGGAGAAGAAAGAAGUCGAAGAAAAAGACUUUAAAGUUAAGCAGAAUUUAAAGGAUAAAGUGGAUGCUCUGCAACAGCAACUCAGUGAGCUGGACAAACAUCGCGCUGAACUGGAAAAUGAGCUGAAGGCAGAAAAAGAACAAAGACUGAGGCUUCAGAAGGUGUUGCAGAGGGAACAGGAUAUGACUGUACAGAUAAAAACUCAACUUCAGCAAGUAGAAGGGCUACAGAAGGAAAUUAUAGUGCUAAAAGAUGAAAAGCAGCAACUGCAGAAGAUUUGUGAGGAGCAGGAACAAGCACUGCAGGAAAUGGGCCUACACCUGAGCCAAUCAAAACUGAAAAUGGAAGAUUUUAAAGAAGUAAACAAAGCACUAAAGGGUCACGCAUGGUUGAAGGAUGAUGAAGCCACUCACUGCAAACAAUGUGAAAAGGAGUUCUCCAUUGCACGGAGAAAGCACCACUGCAGAAACUGUGGAGAUAUAUACUGUAAUAAUUGUUCGAGCAAUGAGCUAGCACUGCCAUCAUACCCCAAGCCUGUUCGAGUCUGCGACACCUGUCAUACUCUCUUACUGCAGAGAUGUUCCUCCACUGGCUCCUGACUGGUUCGUUCUUCUCUGGGAAUGAGACUGUUGUAGUUGGAGAUCCUAACCUUAACUAAAAGGUGAAAAUGGUUGCUCUCCAUUUUAACACAGGUGUUCUAUUUCUACCUGAGGGUACGGUAUAUUGCUGGUUUCUGUGUUUGAUUGCUGCAGCUUGGGUAUGGAUUAAGAAGAUAUUGUACCUUGACAGUACUAUAAUUUUUUUCAGUGCUAAAUUUAGACAUCUAUUUUGAUUGAGAUGUUCUUUAUACAGGUCUGUAAAUUCAAUUUGUGUUAAAAAAAUUUUAUAUAUAAAUACAAAAUCACACUGCCUACAUCAGAUACUGAUAAAGCUGUGUGUUUAUCAUUUUUAAUACAACUCUGUUACUAUUAAUGAAAGAGCUACAUUUCUACUUGUCAAAUCAAUACUUUCCUAUGCAAAAUGUUUAAUAUCAUGUGCCUUUACUAAUGAAAUAAACUAGAAAAAUGUGCAAGUGUUAACAGAAACUAGCAUGCAAAGUACUUUGGCAUAGGCAACCCAGAGCUAUGUAUAAUUAGGCAUUGCCCACCCUACCAGUGACCAGGUGUGUGGUGAUGGAUGAGAGAUGUUGCGAUGCAAGGCCCAAGGCAACUGGCAUGGACAGUUAACAUCAGGAAAGAUGUUAACAUCACAGAGAGUAAGCUGCAUUCUUAUGUAUAAAACUCAUUGUUGCUGUGUAUGUCUAUGUUUGUUCUUUAUAUAAUUCCACUGCCUUGGUCCAAUCUCAACAAAAGUUGGCACACUUAUCCGAGAUUGUCAAGAAGAUGCACUAAACUAAUUUGAAACCCAAA